CCGCCGUACGCCGAGAUGGCGGCGCCCGCGCUUCCGCCGCUCGCGCUCGGCUCGGGAGGCGCGCUUGGCCCCUGCGGCUUCCCGUCGCCUCGUCUGCCGGCGGCCUGUCGGGGCGACGCCAGGGUCAGUCCGCGGCCGGCCGGGGAAGAUGGACGCAGCCACUCUGACCUAUGACACUCUCCGAUUUGCCGAGUUUGAGGAUUUCCCUGAGACUUCAGAGCCUGUUUGGAUCCUGGGUAGAAAAUACAGCAUUUUCACAGAGAAGGACGAGAUCUUGUCUGAUGUGGCGUCCAGACUGUGGUUUACGUAUAGGAGAAACUUUCCAGCCAUUGGGGGAACUGGCCCCACCUCAGACACGGGCUGGGGCUGCAUGCUGCGCUGUGGACAGAUGAUCUUUGCCCAGGCCCUUGUGUGCCGACAUUUAGGCCGAGAUUGGAGGUGGGCCCAACGGAAGAGGCAGCCUGACAGCUACUUCAGUGUCCUCGGUGCUUUCCUGGACAGGAAAGACAGCUACUACUCCAUCCAUCAGAUAGCUCAAAUGGGAGUUGGUGAAGGGAAGUCUAUAGGCCAGUGGUAUGGGCCGAACACUGUCGCCCAGGUCCUCAAGAAGCUUGCUGUGUUUGACACUUGGAGCUCCUUGGCGGUUCACAUAGCAAUGGACAACACUGUAGUGAUGGAGGAAAUCAGAAGGUUGUGCAGGGCUGGACUUCCCUGUGCUGGGGCUGCUGCACUUCCUACGGACUCUGAGAGGCACUGUAAUGGCUUUCCUGCUGUAGCAGAGGUUACCCACAGGCCGUCGCCCUGGAGACCACUAGUGCUUCUCAUCCCCCUGCGCCUGGGGCUCACAGAUAUCAACGAGGCCUACGUGGAGACACUGAAGCACUGUUUCAUGAUGCCCCAGUCUCUGGGUGUCAUUGGAGGGAAGCCCAACAGUGCCCACUACUUUAUUGGCUACAUGGGUGAGGAGCUGAUCUACCUGGACCCCCAUACGACCCAGCCUGCAGUGGAGCUGAAUGAUAGCUGCUUUAUCCCGGACGAGAGCUUCCACUGCCAGCACCCUCCCUGCAGGAUGGGCAUCGGGGAGCUUGACCCAUCCAUUGCUGUGGGGUUUUUCUGUAAGACUGAGGAGGACUUUAACGACUGGUGUCAGCAAGUCAAGAAGCUGUCACUGCUUGGAGGUGCCCUGCCCAUGUUUGAGCUGGUAGAGCAGCAGCCUUCCCACCUGGCCUGUCCAGAUGUCCUGAACCUGUCCCUCGAUUCUUCUGAUGUAGAGCGACUGGAAAGAUUCUUUGACUCAGAGGAUGAAGACUUUGAAAUCUUGUCACUCUGAAGAUCCUGGAUUGGGGAAGGCCUCCAUGGCCCUUACUGGGACAUUUUGAGAAUCCAGCCCUGUCUCGGGCGCUAGGUGCCACCGCAUUCCAUCCAUCCAGCCCGCCCCUGCCAAGUGCUGCGUGCCUGGAGCUGCCUCUGUCCAGAGGGCUGCCUACUCUGCUCGUGGACCGAGGACUGCGCUGUCCCAGAGGCCUUACUGCUUGGAGUCACACUGCUCAGCCCAGAACACAUCCUGGGGCCCACCCCACACAAGAAGCUGCCUAAUCAGAAAGCCCAGUGCAGCAGGUCAGGAGCCUUUAGAGUUCUCCACUUGACACUGCCAGCCCUGUGUCAGUGCAUUGGCUUUGGUCCUGCUUUUUCUCCUAGGUGACAGUGCCUGGUUUGUUUGGAAUUAAAGCCUGAUUUGAAGUUGUUCAA